AUGGCGGGACAGCCGGAGCCGAAGCAAACACCGGAGGACGUCAAAAUGGAUGUCUUUGAGGACGACGACGAAUUCGAGGAGUUCGAGAAUGAAGACUGGGACGAGAGCGCACAGGACGUGGAGGUGGUGCACCAGUGGGAGGACGACUGGGACGACGAUGACGUCAACGAUGACUUCUCACAGCAGCUCAGAGCCGAGCUCGAGAAGUCCACGUAG